CACGAAAAGAAAUAGUCAUUCCUUUUAUCGAAUAUAUAUCGCUCUGCAAAACAAAUUUAAAUCCAAGAGAGAAAAUAGAACUACUUACAGAAAUAAACAAUGGAGUCGUACUUUCAAUCGCAAUCUGGUUAUGGAAGUUCUUGGAAUUUUGAUGCUUUCAAGAAUCUCCAUGAGAUUUCUCCUACUGUUCAAUCUCAUCUUAAACAGGUGUACUUGACAUUGUGCUGUGCUUUGGUUGCUUCAGCAGUUGGGUCAUAUUUGCAUAUUCUAUGGAAUAUUGGUGGCUUCUUAACUACUCUUGCCUGCAUGGGAUGCAUGGCUUGGGUACUUUCCACCCCUCCAUAUGAGGAGAAAAAGAGGUUGGGGCUGUUGAUGGCCGCUGCCGUGUUUGAAGGAGCAUCCAUUGGUCCUCUUAUUGACUUGACUAUUCAGAUUGAUUCGAGCAUUCUGGUUACGGCAUUUGUGGGCUGUGCAAUAGCAUUUGGAAGCUUUUCUGCAGCUGCUAUGUUUGCAAGGCGCAGGGAAUUUCUUUAUUUGGGAGCUUUCCUUUCAUCUGGUGUCUCCAUCCUCUUCUGGCUGCACUUUGCUUCCUCCAUUUUCGGAGGCAACGCUGCUCUUUUCAAGUUUGAGUUGUAUCUUGGCUUGCUAGUCUUUGUGGGAUACAUCGUCUUUGACACUCAGCAGAUCAUUGAGAAGGCUCACUUUGGCGACUUGGACUAUGUGAAACAUGCUAUGACUCUCUUCACCGACUUCGUAGCUGUUUUUGUCCGGAUCUUGAUCAUCAUGUUGAAGAACUCGAUGGAGAAGAAUGAGAGGAAGAAGAAGAGAAGAGACUAAGUUCAUGUGCUUCGUCACCGCCAUCGACUGUGGAUUUGGCGUUGUUUCCAUAGUUGUUCAAUAUAUGAACUCGGCGUUAUAUUUGCUUCUCUUUGUUAAGCACUGUGAAGUUGGUUAUUAGGUUGAUUUGCAUCAUAUAACCCUGUAGAUAUGUGGACAAACUGAUCUAGAAACCGUUUCUUAACCUACACAAGAAGAAUGGCUUUUGUUUGAUUUUGUUAUUGGCAAUGAAAUAUUUCGGUUACUAUGUGCACGUAUAUAUAUUUGUUUAUACUAUUGAUCUAAAUUUUGGAUA